CUCGCAAGUUUCAAACUCUCGCAAGUCGUCCGUUUACUCUGAGGGAGUGUAGUCGCUUUGCCCGGAAGCGCUUUUUACACGUGACAAUCGUAAUCCGGAAGGUGAAAUUUGCCGAGAAUUUGUGAAUCCAGAGUUUUUUUACCGAGUUGAAGAGAGACGACGUAUUAUGCAUCCAGUUGUUCAAUCUUUCACACGCAGUUUUGCAUUAUUUUCAGCGGUUUUUAUAACAGUAAUUACUACCAAGGUCAGAGGGCAGCAAAAUUGUAACACGGCAUUUAUGCAGUGUGCUCGUCCUCUGUCUGUGCUUACCGAUUCCGGGCUAAGCUUUGUAACUACCAAGGAAGAUUUAGACAGAACAUGCCCAAACUUCCAAGAAGCCCUCAGAUGUAUCAGAGCCUACACUCGAAGGUGUAUGAGCUACGACCAGAGAAAACACUUCAAGAAACUAUUUCACGGAACUACACUAAUGGUUCACGAAUUAUGCAAAAACGGAACAUACCAAGAAGAAUAUCUAACUUACGCACCAUGCAUGAAGAACGUAGAGAGUCAAACGAAAGGCUGUUUCUCCAAGUAUGCCACAGCGAUGCAGGACAUCCAAACCAAAACAAAUUUAGAAGAAGAAAGGGAGGUGAUCAUGGACACAGACAUUUUCAUGUACGAAAAAAGAAAACGAGAAACCGCUGACAAGGGAAUCAGAGAUGUCUGUUGCAAUUUCCAAGAAUACGUUGAGUGUUCUUCCAGCACCAUGCGGCAACACUGCGGAGAAGGCGCUGAGAAAUUCAGUCGAAAGUUCCUAGAUCAGAUGUCAUCAGCCAUGAUCAAGAGUCAUUGCAAUGAGUACACCCCGAAGGUUUGCGGUAUUGAGACCUCAUCAGCUUCAAGGAGUUCUUCAAUAUCCAUGGUCAUAUCACUAUUGAUCACACUAUCACAUUUUCUGCGAUAAAUCACCAAAUAUUUGUGAUAUAGACACUUUUAUAUUCUGUAAAUUAAUAUGAAAUGUAAAAGUUGUAUAGAAAGUCUGCAAUUUUCUCGAUUUUGUUUCGUGCAGUAUUCAUUUAAAUUUAAAUUAAAUAAUUACCCUUAUACACGAAUACUGCACGAGUGAAAAUCGAGGGAAUUGCGUUACCAAUCGAAAUAUCUCUUUACUUCGAUUCAAAAGACUGAUGGUACAUGUGACAGUGUUUUUCCUUAGAAUUUGGGUAGGAAUCUCAUAGGUUAAGCGAGUCGGAGCAAUAAUGAAAUAUUGGUUUCUGAGGUUAUGUGCAAUCAGGCAGUAGCUUGUCAAGUUCAUAUCAGCAUUGCUAAUUCACGAAUAGAUUCUUCUUGUGAUACUUUAAGUCAGACAUAUGCUAAAGAGAAGCUAUUGCUAUUCGUAAUAUUUAUUAUUGUUUCUUAGACCUAUUCAAUUUUAGGUUCCAAGAUCAUCCAUCUUACAUCCAUAUUCAUCCUAGAUAGAACCUGUUAUUUUGUCCCCUUCCAUUUCUUCAUCAUAUUCUCAUUCCACCACAAUCUGAGUCAGAAAUUUAUAGUUUUUGCAUGAUACGAUAACACGAGGACUUUUAUUGAGCUCUGAACGGACUAUAAUCAAGGAGGAGGUUCACCAAACCUCUCACGGAACAAUCUAAUCAGAUGUAAUAUGCUAAUUCCUCUUCAAAUACGAAAGAAUUGAAGGUAUACCAGCAUAUUUCUCAGCAAUUAUUCCAAUAUAAACAUGUAACAUGCAAAAUCCCAAUUUAUUUGUGGAAAAAGAGCUGGCCUCAACACAUGAAUUGGGAUUUUGUUUUGUUAAUUGUCGGUUAUUCGUAUUUCUGUAUUUUACGAGGUAGAAGAUUUGCUAAUCUACUGCAAUCAAAAUCUCGUGAUGUUCCACGAAUGAAAUUUUAAAGCCAUAAAUGAAAGAAAUUUCUUUUUCUACACGUUUAUUCCAAUCUCAACUGUUUCAUCUAUAAAAUUGUCAUGAAUUUCUUGUUUCCCAUCAUUUUAAAUUAAUUUAUUUCGUCACAGAAACUCUCUUGUAAGUGUUAAAAAUGUUCAUUUCUGUAUCUACGUAACAGACCCGUAGACGAAAUUAUCACUUCAUUUUUCAUAAUGAAAAUCCUAUAAAAAUUGUAUUGUAUAAAUGCAUUGUUGUAAAUUGCUCAGCACUCUGAUGUCAUAUCCUUGAAAAAUUAUAACAAAUUAUAAGUGAAGCAAAAUCAUCACAUCCUACAUAUCAAUUUUCAUAAUUUUCUGUGAAUCCAUAUCUGGAGAUUAGGCCGUAGAUAAUACUCAUAAUCAUUGUGGUAUGUAGUUCAGAUCAAAUCUAAAUUUCUAUAGCUGUAGUUCAAUGGAGAAGAGAAUUGUUAAAGCUGUACAUACUGAUAAAAAAUAAAUUAUUGAAGUUAUUAAA